UUGGGUGUGGUGUACACUGAAGAUGGCUUUGUAGAAGGCAUCAACAAGAAACUUGGCCUCUUUGGCGACUCUGUGGACAUCUUCAAGGGCAUCCCUUUUGCUGCCGUCCCCAAGACUCUGGAGAAUCCCCAGCAACAUCCUGGCUGGCAAGGGAUACUGAAGGUUGAAGAAUACAAGAGUGAGUGCCUGCAGAUCAACAUGAUCCAGGGCAACACUGUAGGGUCAGAGGACUGCCUGUACCUCAACAUCUGGGUCCCCCAGGGCAAGAAGGAAGUCUCCAGAGACCUGCCUGUCAUGGUCUGGAUCUACGGUGGUGCCUUCUAUAUGGGAUCUGCACAAGAAGAACACGAUUUUAACAACAACCCUCUGUAUGAUGGGGAGCAGAUUGCCACACGUGGCAAUGUCAUCGUGGUCACCUUCAACUAUCGUAUGGGCCCCCUUGGCUUCCUCAGCACUGGAGAUCUCAAUAUGCCAGGUAACUAUGGCCUUCGGGACCAGCACAUGGCCAUCAAAUGGGUGAAAAGAAACAUAGCAACCUUUGGAGGAGACCCUAAAAACAUCACCAUCUUUGGGGAAUCAGCUGGAGGCGCCAGUGUCUCUCUUCAGACUCUCUCUCCCUACAACAAGGGUUUAAUCAGACGAGCCAUCAGCCAGAGUGGCGUAGGAGUGAGCCAUUGGGCCAUUCAAAAGAACCCACUUUACUGGGCCAAGUGGAUGGCCAAGAAGGUGGGCUGCCCCGUGGAUGACAUCUCUAUGAUGGCCAAGUGUCUGAAAACCACCGACCCCCAGGCCCUGAUUCUGUCCUACAAAAAUCCUCUGGAGGACCCCAUAUCAAAUGAUCUGGGCUUUGUCCCAGUCGUGGAUGGAGAUUUCAUUCCUGAUGACCCCAUGAAUCUGUAUGCCAAUACUGCUGACAUUGACUACCUAGCAGGCACUAAUGAUAUGGAUGGAAGCUUCAUUUCUGUCAUUGAUAUACCAGACAUUCACCAGACUAACACGACUGUGACAGAGGAGGACUUCUACAAGCUAGUCAGGAAGUUCACUGUCACCAAGGGCCUCCUAGGUGCCAACACCACCUUUGACAUCUACACUGAGUCCUGGACUAACCACUCAUCCCAGGAGAACAAAAAGAAGACUGUGGUGGAUUUUGAGACUGACAUCUUCUUCCUGAUACCUAACAAAAUGGCUGUGGCCCAGCACAGACUCAAUGCCAAGAGCGCCAAGACCUAUACCUACCUGUUUUCUUACCCCUCUCGGAUGCCUGUCUAUCCUGACUCGACGGGGGCCGAGCAUACAGAUGACCUACAGUAUGUGUUUGGGCAGCCUUUUGCCACUCCUCUGAAGUAUGGACCUCAAGACAGGAUUCUCUCCAAGGCCAUGAUUGCCUACUGGACCAACUUUGCCAGAACUGGAGAUCCAAACAUGGGCCACUCAGUUGUCCCUACACACUGGGAUCCCUACACCCUGGAAAAUGACAAUUACCUGGAGAUCAACAGUAAGAUUGAUAGCAACUCAAUGAAGCAGCAUCUGAGGACCAACUAUAUGCAGUACUGGUCCUUGACCUACCAGGCACUACCCACGGUGACAAAUGGGGAAUUUUCCCCCAUGCCUCUCACCGAUGACUCUGAAGUGGCUUCCUUGCCCCCAGAAGAUGACUCUGAGGAAGCUGCCCCGGUGUCCCGUACAGGUGACACUGAGGAUGUGAAGAUGGCCAUAGACCUUCGCUUCUAA